UAUUGCUGGGGAUGAGAAGAGGAAGGAGAUGAGGAAUAUAAUAGCAGAGGUGCAAAUAUAAAGGACAAACGUGUUAUAGGUCAUACAUUGUAAUUAUUCCGCGCUGUUCGAGGAGACGGUGAUUUCAAAGAGCAGUAUAUAUUUACACGGUGUUCGCGUUCGGCCGAGAGCCGAAGUGGAAAAAAAAUUUGUGUACUCAUAACAGCGGCUUACAGCGGUACACCUUACAGCGAGCAGAAUCGUAACGAAAAAUGGCUCUACCAUCAGAGGAUGUUAUAAAUACUACCGAUCUCCAACAUGAUCCUGUAACAAAAGCAGUGGUCGAUAAUAUAAUGGGCAAUCUGCCCACAAAAAAACCUCUUGUUCGUUGUGAAGACUGUGACCUUUCCUUCACAAGCCAAGCAGUAUUGGAUACACAUUUACAAGGUGCACGUCAUGCUAAACAGGUAAGAUCUAAGAACAUAAUGGCAACACUUGAGGAGACAAAGAUUUCAUUUACAAAGGAUGAGGAAUCAAACGGGCUUAAAUGCAAUGUAUGUAAUGUGUGCCUGAAUUCAAUUCAGCAGCUACAAACACAUCUUAAUGGAAGCCGUCAUAAAAAGAAAUUAUUGAGAGGUGAAUGGGAUGGCAAAGAGGUUGUCACCCAAGGCAUUGCGUUGGCAUCAUCAACUGGUAGCGCACAACAAUCCAGUCCCACAAAAGGGGUUUCACUUUCCUGUGAUACUUGUAACAAGUUCUUCAACUCCCAAUCUCAAUAUAGUGUGCAUAUGAAUUCGGAGAAACAUGCUGACAAAGUGAAGAGAUCUAAGAAUCCGAAUAAGAAAAGAUUUAUUCCAUAUUGGAAAAAAACAAAACGAAUUGCAACUCCCAAGGGUCAAAUACCAUCCUUAUCGAACAACUUUGUAUCAGGCGGCAUUACAUAUCAACCAUAAGAUGCAUAAAAAAAAACAUUUUACUUUGAAUUAUAUAUACUAAAGGAUUAUUUUUCAUAUUCUAUCAAUUAAAACUAUGGCUAUAUAUGUUUGAGUUUCUGCAAAUCUUUCUUAAAUGAUUAAAUGAUUAAAACGUCAUUUUUGCAUAAUAAGAAAUUGUUUAAAAGAGAAAACGUAAAUCUGCUAUAUAUAUAUAUAAAUGUAUACACAUACAUAUAUGUAUGUAUAUAGCAACAAGUAUGAAAACAAGUAAAUAUGUAUUGAUAUGCAUUCAUUAUUCGUAUUGAUGUUAAGCCCAUUGUGCAACGAAGGUUGUAGAGUCCAUUGCUGUUCAAACUAUCGCAAUUUAAAACAAGAAUCGUAAAAUAUAUAGUAAUAUAAUUUAUAUGUAUAUUUUUACAUUAUAUUUUUGGGGUUUCUCAUGUUGAGAGUUGUAUAUUAAAUUCAAUUAGCCAAUUUUAUUAAAGUAAGUUUAAUUUAUGCAGGAAAUGCAUUUUAAAUGUUCUCACAAACAGAUUGUGCAUCAUCUUGCGAUAAUCCAUCAUUCUCAGGCUAGAAAGAAUGUAAUAUAGCUUAUAAAUUCAAGCAUUUUUCAAUGUAACGUGAUAUUUAGUAUAUAUACACAUUCAUAUGUAUUUUUUUUCUAACAUUACCUGAAUUAUGUAUGUUUUCAAUAAACGACGUAAUUCCGCA